CCAGACCACCUGAACCAUGAUCUGCCACGAAGUUGUUCCUGAUCUUCAAGAUCACUCACCAGACCGCCUGACAUCUGGAGAAACAUGGCCUACCACGGAAUAUCCUACGAAGAAUGGAAUCAGCUCGUACAGCAGAACCGGCCGUUGCCCCCAACAGUAAACCUAUGCAUCCACGCCGAAAUCGAACGUCAAGCAAGAAUCCAUCCCAGCAAAGUCGCUUUCACAAGUUCAGAAGAAGAUCUCACCUAUGAUGCUCUCAGUCGACUUUCCGAUCUGGUCGCCUAUGAUCUCGUAGACCGAGGCGUCAUCAAAGAAGACAUAGUGCCACUAUGCUUCGACAAAUCACCUGUCAUGAUAAUCUUUAUGAUAGCAGUCAUGAAAGCCGGCGCCGCCUUCUUAGCUCUCGACCCGGAGCAGCCUCUAUCACAUACGGAGUCCGUCUUGCAUGAGAUGGAUGCAAAGAUGAUUAUUACGUCUGAAACAUUCCAGUAUUCUUUCCCUUCCGACUAUCCAGUACUUGUCCCGCCAAGCUUGCCACUCCUGGUGGGGCAGCUAGGGAGAGCAAGUAAAUGGAGUCCACCCGUUGUGUCUCCGAAGAAUGCCGCAUAUUGCAGCUUGACGCGAGCUAGUACUGGAGAGCCGAGUGGUGUAGUGCUGGAGCACCGUUCGUUCGUUUCUGGUAUAUUCUGGAACGCCCCGGCGCAGAUGCUGAAUGAGAAGUCGAGAGCGCUGCAAUUGGCGGAAUAUUGGCAUGAUGAAUGCAUUACAGAGAUUCUCACGACGCUUUGUGUUGGAGGAACAAUCUGCGCGCCGAACGAGGUCGAGAUCCAGCAUGAUCUCGUGGAGUUCAUCAACCUAAAGGAAGUCAAUUGGGCGGCAUUGACGCCGUCCUUCAUCAGCACGUUCCAACCCGUUGAUGUGCCGACGUUGGAAACAUUGGUGCUCGACGGCGAGACAGUACCACAGUCGCUAAUAGAAACAUGGUCCGAGCACGUAGUGGUUUUAGGCAGCUACACUGUUAGCGAGUGCAGUGGGACCAUCUCGGUUGGUUAUAGAGUCGAAAAUGGCUCGACUGCACGGAAUAUCGGUAGACCAGCAGGCGUUGCACUGUGGGUUGUCAAUAAGAACAAUGUUCAUGUCUUGAUGCCCGUUGGUGAAGUAGGCGAAAUCUUGAUCGAAGGUCCAACCGUUGGGAGAGGUUACAUCAACAACCCACAAGCGACAGGUGCAGCUUUUGUCAAACCUCCUAUAUGGUUGCGGCCCAUUUUAUCUCCGAGCCAGAAGGGCAAUCGACUGUUUCGAACUGGAGUUUCAGGCCGACGGACUCUCACUGGCACAUUCGAAAUCAUAUCUGGAGAGGACUUUCAGAAGGCAAUAGAAGACGCCGGGGAUGAUUCUGCGGUCCAAGUUGCUCAUGUUGCAAGACUCGUCAGAUAUGGACGGAUUGAUGAGGAGGAGAGCAAAGAGCCUGCUGCUGAUAAUGUCCAUUGAUCUAGCUUCAUCGUGCCAGUCUGAUUGAGAUCGGAGCAUCAUAUCGGGAGAAUUGCGACCUUCAAAGUCGGACCAGGGCGCUAGGUGGCCGGCAGCGCUUUUGAGAGCAUGUUCGAUGCAGGUCAUCGGAAAAGGCGGUGGGAUAGAGCAAAGCGGCAGCGCCCAUGAUGUUGAUAGACUCGCCAGACUAGGAAGCAGCCGCGCCGAUGACCUCGCAGGAGCAAUUUACGGCUUCGUCCCAGAUCGCAAAGCUUCCCACGCCUCCGGCUUGUAUCCUUGGGUCGGCGGAAAGAUGGUCGUUUUUCGAAUUGUACGUGUUCAUUGCUUGUCAUGACUCUACGAGAGCAGCAGC